AAGACAAAGUGAAACUCUAUAAUCUACCUGUGAGUGUGAGAAACUAGAUCGAGAUCCAUCUCCUAACAUCGUGGUAUCAGAUAGCCACCUGCCACCCUCCGCCAUCGCCGCCACCACCCUCCGCCACCGCCGCUUCGAUCGCCGUCCUGGAAACCCGCAGCCAGAAACAGGCGCGCGACCACCUGCUCGCCACCAUGGACCUUGCCCUGAAGGCCUACCUCGACAAGAUGAGCGACGAAGCCGCCGCGCGCGCCAACAAACAAGAAGGCGACAACAGCGCCAUCCUCCAGGCCUUGGCCACGCAAACGGCGCGGAUCGACGCCCUGGUGACUUGGAAGCCGGAGCUGGAGGCGCGAUUCGCGCAGCUGGAGCUCUCCGUCGCAGCGCUCCAGGCCGCGUCGCCCUCGACUGCGCCAUCCACCGGAUCUCCGCCGCAUGCGACCCCUCUCAUCAUCGCGCGCGAGACCCACGGGCAACCAAGCCACGGCGCGCCACUGCACCCCGGGGGAUCUCCGACGGUGACUCCCGAGUCACCGGCGGCUUCCCCAGUCACGGACAUCCGAGCCGUGGUACUCAUUCAGAGACCGCCGGAUUUGGACACAGCCUGUUCGUUGGCGCUGUUGCAAGAAGAAGUUGCAGACGGCGAGGCUGCUAUGCGCACUUCAUUCAACAGGAUGCCCCUGUCGCUCUUUGCUUCAACCAGUAACACAGUCGCUGUCACGCUACAACGACCCAGCACUCCAGCGACGAUAGCAGAAGAUCACAGAGGUACAGAAGCAGCAAGAGCGCCUACAGAUAACAGUAAGAUUGCAGCCCUCCGCUCGUUCAGAAGAGCUCGUGGUUUGUGUUUCAAGUGUGGCGAACGGUGGGGCAAGGAUCACACGUGUCCCACCACAGUACAGAUGCAUGUGGUGGAAGAGCUAUUGGAACUCUUUGCAACAGAGGAGGUGCUCGAUGAAAACAAUCGAGAAUCAUCGGAACUGAACGAAGACAACCUCUGUACAAUCUCAAAGCAGGCUGUUGAUGGGUCGACUGGACCAGGAGUUAUGCAGUUGCACGCAUGGAUUCAAGGGGAGGAAAUGUCGCUGUUAGUUGAUUCGGGCAGUUCUUCCUCGUUCGUCGACCGGCAUCUCGCAGCCAAAUUAAAUGGAGUCUGCAAAUUACCCAAAGUCUGUAGAGUUAAAGUUGCUGAUGGUGUUGUACUGAUCUGUGACAGUUUCAUACCGCAGUGCCAAUGGACAUCUCAAGGGGAUGAAUUUACCACAGAUUUCAAGCUUCUUUCACUCGGGGCCUAUGAUGCUAUCUUAGGUAUGGAUUGGCUCAGGAAGCAUAGCCCUAUGCAUAUUGAUUGGGAGGCACAACAGAUGUCAGUUACAGCUGAAGGAGGUUUGAUUGAAUUGCAAGCAGUUGCUCGUGAUCAUCUUUUGAUCAAUGUGAAGGAAAUAUGCCCUAAAGGCAAUAAUAAAGUUAUUAUUUAUUUCUUUAUUUCAUGAUAAAUGUUUAUUAUUCAUGCUAAAAUUGUAUUAA